ACCAGAAAACUGAGUGGAAGGGCCAUGGAGCUAAUAGGCUGGAUCUGAGGGAGACAUUCAGGACCUCCGGAAAGUCAGCGUGGGUCACGUGGCAGUCACGUGGUGAUCACUGUCCGAGCCCAACGAGAUCUAGUCCUCCACGUCCUCCUGCCCUCAUGAGACCUGCUCACUGAUCCCUGGCCAGGAGCUGACGGAGUCCACAGAUGCCCUCACUGCGUUCUCGAUUCCCUGUGGAGCUGGGCUGUGUUCCGGAUCCAGAAAGCCAGGUGGGCCGUCUGCAUCGCCUGGCUGUGGCUGGGGGCCCAACCUGGGGCCUCACCCGACUCCUGCGGAGAGUUGUCCAGGUAGACGGUGAGAACUCGGCCGGACAGACGGCGCUCUUCCUCUCGGCGCUGCUGGGCCACAGCUCGGCUGUGCAGCUCCUGCUAGCCUCUGGUGCCAACCCCAACCACCGCUGCCUGGACGGCAGCACGCCCAUGCACGCGGGCGCCUUCUCGGGCCAUAGCCUGGUGCUCCUACCCCUGCUGCAGGCGGGCGGUGACCUGCGUCUGCGUGACCAGCGGGGGCACAGCCCUCGGGACUGGGCAGAACAAGGUGGUGCCAAGCAGAGCUGGGAGAUGCUGGAACUGUUACAGCUGUGCCGGGCCCACAUGUCAGCCCUGGUGCACGGCAGUGAGUUGGCGCCCGCUGCCUCCCUGGGCCAGUGGCAGGUCAGCUCUGGACACAGCCUGUGUGGUGGUCUGCGGCUGGUGCAGGCGGACAGGGCAUGGAGACCGGAGCGGACCAGGAGACCCUCCCAUGUCCCUGCCUUAGGGUUCGGCCAGCUGAGCAGCCUGUGGCCACUGGGGCUGGUAACAGGCGUACCCCUCGCGGACCCCAAGGAGCUGCUACCAGCGCAGGGCGAGCCUGACCGCACCUACAGGAGCAGCUCCCACACCCUCAUGGCCAACCUCCUGUGGAGGGGCCACCCCGUGACUGUGCGGCAGCUGAAGGUGCCAGGAGCCCAGGCUGAUGUGCUGUUGGCUGACCUUCAACACUGCAGCGCCCUGCACCACCCCAGCCUGCUGCUGCUGAUGGCACUGUGCCCCUCGGAGGACCUGUCGGGGCUGUGCCUUCUCUUCGAACCCGUGUGGCUGGGCUCCCUGCAUGUGGUGCUGCACCCCCGGGGCCCACGAGAAGGGGGGCUCCCCCACCUUGUGCCAGGCCUGCUGCCGGGCCACCUGCUGCUGCAGGUGCUGGAGGCCCUGCUGUUCCUGCAGGCCCGCUGGCGUGCUCACGGCGGCCUCAGCUCCCAUGCAGUGCAGCUGGUGCGGCCAGGCCUGGCCAAGGUGGGCGGCCUGGAGCAUGGGCGCCCGUUGCACCAACGCUGGCUGCAGCCCAGGCCGCGGCAGGGCUACCCCUGGGGAGGCCCAGGCCCAGGGCUGCCCCCGCCUCCUGAACUGUACCCGUGGCUGCCGCUGGAGCUCAUCCGCGGUGACACGCCUGCGGCCACCUCAGACCUCUACAGCUUCUGCAUCCUGGCCCAGGAGGUCUUCACGGGAGAGCUGCCCUGGGCUGGAAGGAAAGGGCCUGAGGUGAAGGCUAAACUGGAGGCGGGUGAGAGCCCGGCCCUGGACCCCCUGGUGCCAGCCCCCUACCAGGCCCUGGUUCGGGCUGGGCUGGGCCUAGGGCCUGCUGACCGCUGUGGCAGCCUGCAGAGUACACGAUACCUGCUGCGGGAGGCCAUGGCCCAGGACUCCGCCUCUGAGGUGAGCCCGCCAAGGGACUGGACCACACAGUGCCCUCCACCCCAGGGUUCUCUACCAGGUCAGAGGGCACAGGGGAUGGGAGCAGGCAGGAGCCAGGACAGGCACGUGGAGGACCGAGGGAGCUGUGGGCCACCCACGCCAGCUCUCUGCCAUCACUCUCUGCAGGUCAUGGGCCACAGCAGAGUCCAGAGGGGUGCCACCUGGGACUCGGGCAGCAGCUUGACUCUAGGCAGCAGCCCAAGUCCCCGCCCUGGCCUCUGCCCAGGGCACAGCCCCACAGCCAGGGUCAGCCUGGACCGCAGCCUGGAGCCCAGAUCAACAGGCCCUGCCCUGCACGCCAGCCUUCAGGACUCAGCCUCCCUGCUGGGGAGUCAGAGCUCUGAGGAGCGGUUUGAGAGGAAGUUCUCAGCCAAGAUCCAAGCCCUGCGGGGGCUGCGGCGGCACACACACAGGGCUGCCCUGCUGGACCCCCAGCCCCGUGAGCCCAGCCCCUGCCUGCUGACCCACAGGGAGGCUUCCCACGCCCUGAAGGCUGCUGGCAGGGAAGGCCACGAGGGCAGGUGA